AUGGAGCCCGAACUCGACAAAAAUUUCAUCGACUAUUUAUGUCGCACAACGGAUCUGCCGACGGCAGUGUGCACCCGCCUGGCGCUGGAUGUUCUGAAUGAAUACAGCGAGACCCUUGAUGCGUUUGUAAAACGGCGGCACACAGAUCUGAAGGCCACCACCGACCUAAAAAACGAGCAGAUCUACGACCGUAUCGCCGCUGAAAUCCCAACGCGUCGCUUUGCAGUCAACAACCUCAGUGCGCGGCAGAUCCGACUCGGGCGGCUCGAAUAUCGCGGCUACGAUUCAGCAGGUAUUGCCCUGCAGCGCAAAGACAAGUUCGAUCUGUUUAAAAAGGCCGGCCGACUUGACGCUCUGCGCAGCACCCUCCCCAAACGCAACGCGGCAACCUGCGGAAUUGGCCACACGCGCUGGGCAACCCACGGCGAACCAAACGACCUGAACGCACAUCCACAUGUUGAUAGCUCUGGCGCAAUAUCCAUCGUUCACAACGGCAUCAUUGAAAAUGCUGGCGCACUGCGCACUUACCUUACGGAGCGGGGCCACACUUUUGCAUCGGAUACAGACACUGAAGUGCUCGCCGCCCUGAUUGCAGAUGAGUUCCUGCUGGACGAAAACCUGACCAGGGCCAUUCGAAGCGCUGUGGCUCGUGUUGCCGGAACCUACGGCAUUGUGGCUAUGCACGCACAGGUACCCGGUUUGCUGGUUGCAGCACGCAACGGCAGCCCGGUGGUUAUCGGCGUAGGCGACAACGAAAUGUUUGUCGCCUCGGAUAUCGCCGCGAUUGCACCUUUCACCAGACAGAUCGUUCACCUGGAAGACGGCGAAAUUGCAACACUGACAGCCAAGCGCCAUGAGAUACAGGAUUUUCAGGCCACGAUAACAAACCGGCCAACGUCUACAAUAAAAAUUGACACUACGCUCGCGUCAAAAGGUGACCAUGAGCAUUUCACUCUGAAAGAAAUUGUUGAACAGCCAGAUGCCAUUCGUCGCACCUUGAGCGGAAGGCUGGACGAACGGUUCAAUACUGCACAUUUCGGCGGGCUCAAUCUGAAUGCCAAAGAACUUAUGGCAUUCAAGCGUAUAAAAAUUCUCGGCUGUGGCAGUGCCUACAUUUCCGGCUCCAUCGGAGCCAGCAUGAUCGAGCGGCUGGCACGCAUACCGACUGAUGCUGAAUCCGCUGCGGAAUUUCGUUACCGCAAUCCCAUCAUCGACCCACAAACCCUUUACCUGGCCGUUAGUCAGUCAGGAGAGACCUACGAUACAUUAACUGCCGUACAGGAAAUCCAGCGCAAAGGCGGCACCGUGCUCGGCAUUGUAAACGUUGUGGGCUCGAGUAUCGCGCGUCAGUGUGGUGCCGGCAUGUAUUUACAUGCUGGCCCUGAAGUAGCAGUUGUCUCAACCAAAACAUUUGCCUGCACGCUAACCGCGUUUGCCCUGCUGGCCUUGCACAUCGGUCGAAUGCGCGACGUUUCGCCCGCCGAAGGCGCAAACGUUAUCCGCGCACUCAACGAGCUUCCGCAGCAGAUCCAAAGCCUUAUCGAUCGACGUACCGAAUUCGAGCAGGUGGCGAAGAAAUACGCAGACUAUCACCGCGCCUACUUUAUCGGCCGCUGCGAAGGCUUCGGCCUGGCCAGAGAAGGCGCCCUGAAACUCAAAGAGAUCUCAUAUAUUCACGCAGAAGCGUACCCUGCUUCCGAAUUGAAACACGGCCCUCUGGCGCUGAUUGAUGAGCAAACACCUACAUUCGCCAUUGUCCCGGAUGAUGACCUGCUUGCAAAAAAUCUAUCCACGCUUGCGGAAAUUAAAACUCGCAAGGGCCCGGUAGUAGCCAUCGGUCAAUCUGAAGCGCUGAACGUUGAGAUUGAUGAUUACAUCCACGUGCCGCGCUACCAUCCGCUAACAGAUCCGAUCCUGCUGUUAAUCCCACUGCAGUUUCUUGCCUACUACACUGCGCUUGCGCGAGAUUGUGAUGUGGACCAGCCGCGCAAUCUGGCGAAAAGUGUAACCGUGGAAUAA